AUGUGGCCCGAAGGCUGCUUUGCAAGGGACAAGCAGCCACCGACGCGUACUGAAGUCCUCCGAAAGGAUCUCAAUGGAUUGCUUUAUAUCAGCCCUUCUACGCCGUAUCUCGACACCAUCACCGCCAACGGCGCCUUUGUGAAGGAGCAUCUUUGUACCAUCACUCCAAGUCAAUCACCCUUGCUGUCGUCGACUGCCAAAUCUCCUUCGACAAUGCCUCACCGCACGUAUAGCCCACCAGGAGAUGAUCCCAUGCUGGAGCCAAUCGCCAUCUGUGGCAUGGCAUGCCGUUUACCAGGAGGGGUGGACUCUCCCUCCUCGUUCUGGGAGAUGCUCGUGAAAAAGCAAUCCGGCCAGACCUCGCGAGUUCCCGAAUCCCGUUUCAAUAUCGAUGCCUAUUACCAUUCCAACUUGGAGCGUCCGGGGUCCUUCAAUGUGCCCGGUGGAUACUUCCUGGAUGGCCGUCCGGAGGACUUUGAUCCCACAGCGUUCAACAUGACCCCUAUCGAGGCCCAGUGGCUGGAUCCCCAGCAACGGAAGAUCCUCGAGGUCGCCUACGAAUGCCUGGAAAAUGCCGGACUCUCACUGGAGUCGGUGGCAGGCUCCAACACUGCUGUUUUUGUCGGAUCAUUCACGUCGGAUUACCAACAAAUGUCAAUCCGCGACCCGGACUUCCGCCACAACUACGCAGCCACGGGAGUCGACCCUGGUAUCAUCAGCAACAGGGUCGGCAACAUCUUCAACCUCAAAGGCCCUAGCUUCACCAUCAACACCGCCUGCUCGUCGUCCAUCUAUGCCAUCCAUAACGCCUGCAACGCCCUUCGCGCGCGCGACUGCGAUGCUGCCCUGGUCGGCGGAGUCAAUCUAAUCAUUACCGUAGACCAGCACAUGAACACGGCCAAACUUGGAAUACUCUCCCCCACUUCGACCUGCCACACUUUUGAUGCGUCGGCGGAUGGUUAUGGCCGCGCUGAAGGGGCCGGUGCCUUGUAUCUGAAGCGUCUCCGGGAUGCGAUUCGGGAUGGGGAUCCCGUUCGAGGAGUGAUUCGAGCAAGUGCAGUCAACACAAAUGGAAAAGUCGAAGGCAUGGGCAUCACCCAUCCCAGCGGCAAAGGGCAAGAAACUGUCGUCCGGAUGGCAUACGAGAAGGCCGGACUAGACCCGAAUGCCACUGCCUAUGCCGAACUGCAUGGAACGGGAACCCCCGUAGGCGAUCCAAUUGAAGUCCGGGCCAUUGCCAGUGCGAUGAACGACACCCGGUCAACGGAGAAGCCGCUCCUCUUGGGUGCUGUCAAACCGAAUAUUGGCCACAGCGAGGCCGCUAGUGGCAUCUUUGCCGUCAUGAAAGCUGCCCUGAUGACGGAGGCCGGUGUGAUCCCGGGUGUUGCCCACUUUCAGCGGUUGAAUCCAGCCAUCCACGAGAAGGAGUGGAACGUCAAGGUCAAUGUCGAUACCACCCCAUGGCCCCAGGAAUUCGACGUCCGUCGCGCCAGCGUCUCCUCCUUUGGCUAUGGAGGCACCAACGGUCAUGUCAUUAUCGAAUCGGUCGAGUCUCUCUAUCCCUGGUACCAGCACGCCCGUGCCAAGCGCGAUGCUCCCUAUACGCGCUCCUAUGAUCGACCAUUCCUGCUGUGCUUCUCGGCUCAUGACAAGGCAACGCUCACACGAAAUGUUACGGCUAUCAGCAAGGUGGCUGGGGAUUACUACAUGAUGGAUCUGGCAUACACGCUCAAUAUGAACCGAACCCGAUGGGGACAAAGGGCGUUUGCCGUCGCUCGUGAUGCUCAAGCAACUGCAGUGUUUGAUCAAUCUACAGUACAGUCUGGUGUGGCUUUCGCUGUGGUUCCCGAAGUCGGCUUCCUCUUCACCGGUCAAGGCGCGCAAUGGGCAGGAAUGGGACAGGUAGCAGCGAAUACAUUUCCUUCCUUCCUUCGAACGAUCCAGAAACUUGACCACAUCCUGGCCCGCCUGGACCCGGCCCUUCCUUCCGCCGAAGUUGCCCAGCCCCUCUGCACAGCUGUCCAGAUUGCGCUUGUGGACCUUCUCUCCGAAUGGGGUGUGGCCCCCUCCGUCAGUGUGGGACACUCGUCCGGGGAGAUCGCCGCGGCAUAUGCAGCGGGUCUUCUAUCCGCUCCCGAAGCCAUGCUGGCUGCCUAUUGCCGCGGUCGUGCCGUCCACGAGCAUUCCGGGGAAGGGUCGAUGCUGGCCGUCGGACUGGGAGUGGAUGCUGUGGGUGAAUAUCUGGCUCCUUAUGCACCGGAACAACUGUGCGUCGCUUGCGAGAACUCCCCCAGCAGUGUCACCCUGAGUGGAAUGCCCCAGUACGUGCGCGAGAUCAAGGAAAAGUUUGACAACUCCAAGGUGUUUGCGCGCGAGCUCAAGACGGGACGAGCCUAUCACUCACCUCAUAUGGCGGCCGUCGGUGCGGCGUAUGAUAACCUGUUGGCCCGCGCUCUUGCCACCCUCAACAAGCAUGAUCUACGCUGGCGCCGUCCCCGAUCAGCUAUGAUUUCUUCGGUGACGGGCCAGCCGGUGGACAUGGCAAUGGACUCGCUUCCUCCCUCGUACUGGAGCGAUAACCUGCGCUCACGCGUCCUAUUUGACACCGCGGUUCGCAUCCUGGGAACCGACCCUGCCUUCCAGCAGGUCAAAUGCCUCGUUGAAGUCGGCCCGCACUCGGCUCUGGCUGGUCCCUUCAAGCAGAUCUGUCUCUCCAAUAAAUUCGAACAACUGCGAUAUAUUCCCUCGCUGGUGCGCAGCAAGGAUGACGCUGAUCAACUGCUAUCGGUGGCAGGCGCCCUGUUCGUCGCCAACUAUCCUGUGGAUUUGGAGGCUGUGAAUGCAGUCGAGGAGAGCAAGACGGACCUCAGAUUUCGGAAGCCCAAGUCACACCGUCUCCUCGUGGAUCUGCCGCCGUACCAGUGGAACUAUGAGAAACGCUACUGGGCAGAACCCCGAGCGAGUGCAGAACAACGCAGUCUCAUCCAGCCUCGUCAUGAUCUGUUGGGCCGGCAGAUCACCGGGCUGUCGACGCAGUCGCGGCUUUGGCGUAAUGUCCUGCGUCAUCGCGAUCUGCCGUGGCUGAAGGACCAUGCGCUGGGUGGUGCCGCCAUCUUCCCGGCAGCCGGCCAUAUGUCGCUGGCAAUCGAAGCUCUGCGCCAGGUGGCCGAGACGGAACAAUGGCAGGUCGGACAGGUUCACCUGCGUGACAUCGAUAUCAGCACCGCGCUCGUGGUCCCGGAGACUGAAGCGGGGGUUGAGAUUGUCCUGCGCUUGGACGCACUCUCGCACCAGCAGCCAACUGCAGGCAACAGCACCCCCUGGUAUGCCUUUUCAGUCGAGUCACUCUCUGAGGGCAAGUGGGUAUCUCACUGCCGUGGCAAGAUAUCCGCCAGCCCCGAGGAUUGUGACAAGGAUCCGUAUGAGCACCCCGUGGAUCCAUCCCGACUCACGCAGCGCGUCCCGGGCAAGCGCUGGUAUGAAGCCUUCCGCCGUGUAGGAUUCUACUACGGCCCAACUUUCCAACAGUUGGGGCAGGUUCGCACCGAUCGCCGAUACCAGCAGGCCGAGGCCGAGGUGCGGGUGCGGGACCACUCUGAUGUCGUUCAGGAUGAGUCGCGAUACGUGAUCCAUCCCGCCACCAUCGACGCAUGCCUUCAGCUCAUUAUUAUCUCCAUCCACCGCGGCAAACAUAAGGAGAUGCCCUGGGGUGUGGUACCCAUCCGUCUGGAGGAAGUGACGCUGCGGUUCCCGCGCGACGGGGAUGAAGGAUCCAUGGGCACGGCAGUAGCCUGGACCGACAGCUGUGAGGGUCGCUACUUUAACACGCACACGCAACUGAGGGGACAGAGCGGCCGCGUGUUGGUCGAUGUGAAGAGCCUGCGUUGUGUGGCCUACGAGGCGGCGGUGCCGGCGGAUGCGGCGAGCAAGGCGAUCGACCCAGCUCCAUUCGCGACCGUUUCCUGGAAGCCUGACGUCCUUCGACUGCGGGAAUCGACAUAUCCCACAGUGUGGCCAAAGGGGACAUCCGAGGCGCAGGUCCUCGUGUCAAUGGUUCAAAUGAUCCAUCAUCGGCAUCCACUCGCGGCAGUCCUGUUCUGCGGCCAGCACACUUCUGACGUGAUCGAUGCGGUAUCGUCUGUUCUCCCCAAAUCCUGCAGUGUUCGUGCCGUCCAGAUGAGUGAGCUUGAGGACUCUCAUAACUCGAAUGCCGCAAUUGCCGGUCCCGCUGAUCUGGUGGUUGUCGAUGAAAGUGUGUCGGGCGCGCGUGAAGCAAUCCUGGGGCUGGUGAAGGAAGUCCAGUGGCUGAUUCAGUCGGGGACUGAUGACAAUUACUCCUUUGAGAAUGGCGUCAAGGAUGAAAAUGCUCUGUAUCCAGUGCUCGAGGUUCCAGUUGGCGGUCCACAGAAGGGAGCACGUCUUGUCCAGCUCCUCGCCCGAGGCAACGUCAGGUUGGUCGACGCUAUUCAGAAUGAGCAACUGGACGUCAUUAUCGUCCAUGCAUCCAGUCAGAGCGAGGACGGGUAUCUUAGCACCCAUCUGUCAGAUAAGGGACAUACUGUCAAGAGCACGACCGUGGACCGGUUCACUCUUCCAGGGAACCAAGAGAAUGAAGUCAUUAUUAUCGAUGACCGCCAUGGUACUCUGCUCAGCGGUCUGAGUGACCAAUCCUUUGAAGCUCUCAAGUCCCUGAUCAGGGCCAAUCUACCCAUGGUCUGGUUGACCCGAGGCGUCCGACAAGGUGCUUGCGUCUUCGGGGGCAUGGUCCAGGGCUUUUUGCGUGUCAUCCGGUCCGAACAGGCCUCAGCAAGGAUUGUGCAGUUGGAUGUCGACAAGGAGGAACAGCCAGCAGAUGUGGCAGAGGCCCUUCUGAGUGUGUUGCGGGACGCCCCGACUAAGGAUUCGGGCAAGGAUACCGAGUUCUGGCUGCACAAAGGGAUAAUGAAUAUUGCUCGCGUGGUUCCCAAUCACCAACUGAACACAGAAUGGGCGCCUCCUGCAUCCCUCGCCUCUCACGUUUCUGAGGUCAAGCAACUGCCAGACGGCGUUCGCCUCAAAUCCGCCAUCGUAGAUGGGCAGCUCAGCUUGACGUACGACGAGCCGGAACCAUCAUCCGCCCUCGGAACGGACGAGAUUGAGAUUCAGGUCCUUGCAUCUGAGCUGCAGACCACUCCCAAUAGCCCAGUAGUGGUUUCCGGUCGUGUGCUCCGUCAUGGCUCCUCAGUUCCUGCCGAUGUUGCAGCUGGCGAUCAUGUCAUUGGCUGGACGACCGAAUCGUUGACCACCGUUGUACGGACUGCUUGUUACAUCCGCCCGGACCCCUCCACCAACAGUGACCUGACGACGAUCCUGGCGAGUGUAGCAGCGCUUUCCAAGGUGGUCAACAUGUGCAUCACAACAACGAGUGUCAGCAGCACUGACCAGAUCCUGGCACUGCCUGGUCCAGCACCCACACUGCAUGCACUGGUUCGGUUAGGCAAGGCAAUGCAGUGGGAUGUUAGCCUCCUCGCCCGUUCUCCAGAAGAGCAACAGGAAUACAUUAGCAAAUUUAACAUUGGCAACGGCAGUGUCCUCCUUGCCGACGAUAUCCGUACACGCCUGCGUGAAAAGGACCGCAGAUGGGUCAUCCUUGCUCACGACUUCUCUCCCCUGAGUCAAGAAGUGUGGAGGCAGCUUCCUGCUCGCGGCGUCUUCGUCUUGAAUGAAGCAUUGCUGGAUUCUGCACCAGACCCGUUACCCUUCUCUCGUGAUGCGUCGUUCAUACCAACCAGCGUAAAGACACUGCAUACCGCGGCGGCGUCUGAGGUCCUCCAACGGGCGCUAGAUCUCGUCCAGAAAUACCCCGGGCUGGCAAACGACAUCGCGUCUGUGCAUGAUAUCAGCGAAUUCAGUCAGUCCAACAACCUUCUCCAGGCAGUCCCUGCGACUAAAGUUGGUGUCGUCACGUAUCGCUACCAUGACAGCCUUGUACGGGUCGCCCCCCAGCCUUUACGCCUGACUUUCUCCCCUGAUGCCAGCUACCUCCUCGUCGGGUGCCUCGGUGGUCUGGGCCGCAGCCUAACCCGCUUCAUGAUGGAACGUGGCGCGAGACACUUUGCCUUUGUUUCGCGUACCGGUACCGACAAACCAGAGGCGGCCCAUGUAGUCAAUCUUCUCACUGCCGCUGGUGCUUCUGUCAGGGUAUUCCGUGCGGACGCCGCGUCUGAGUCCGACAUGGUCCGCGUCGUACAGGAGGUCAAGGCCCAGCGUCCCAUCCGGGGCGUCGUCCAUGCCGCGAUGGUCCUGCGGGACGGAGUCUUUGAGCAGAUGGAUUGCCGCAGAUUCCAGGAGGCAGUAGAUCCCAAGGUCCUAGGCGCCGUGAGCCUCGCCAAGGCGCUGCAGGGUACCGAUCUCGACUUCUUUGUUAUGACCAGCUCCAUCUCGGCGACGCUGGGCAAUCCCGGUCAGAGCAACUACAGCGCGGCCAACAGUUUCCUGGAUACCUUGGCCUGGCAGCAUCGGAUGAACCACCGGCCGGGUGUGUCCCUGGUGCUUCCCAUGGUGCUGGACGUGGGGGUGGUGGCCGAAAAUGCAGCCAUCGAGACCUCCUUGCUCCGCAAGGGUAUGUACGGGAUCGACGAGCAGGAGAUGCUGCGCGGCUUCGAAGUCGCCAUGUCCCGCGCAGUGUCUCCGGUGACGUCUUUGGAAGAGGUUGGAGAUACGCAGAUCAUCCUGGGUCUUGAACCGACGGAAUUGGCCAAGGCAGUGCACUCGGACCAGACGGUCGACGCCUACUGGUACCAGGAUGCCCGCUUCGUCCACCUUCGAGCUGAGGUAGAGCGCAUCGGCCAGACUGCAUCCUCGACCUCUUCCCGGUCAGGCGGGCUCCAGAGUCUCCUUGCGAGCGUAGGGUCUGCAGAGCGCGACGAUAUUCUGACCGUGAUUGCACAAUACAUCGCCCGACGUGUCAGCAGUAUCUUGCUGAUUUCGGCGGAGGAUUUUGACCUAAAUGGACCCUCCAUUGCUAGCUAUGGCCUAGACAGUAUGAUUGGUGCGGAGAUGAGGAACUGGCUAUUUAAGGAAUUUGGACUUGAGUUCUCUUUCCAGAACUUGCUGUCGCCCUCGUUGACGUUCAAGGGAUUGGCUGAGGUGGUGGCCAUGCAUCUGGGCGUCAUUUCUGGCAACUGA